AUGUGUCUAGUUUCCCAGCAUGCAUCGGGCCACAGCCGCUGUACCGCCGCCAAACCAGGCGACACGCGAUGUGUGCAUCUGGUUUCACUGAGGUGUCAAAACCCUCUGAAGGGCUCACCACAGAGACGUCCAUGUUUACAGGGAUCUGCUGAAGUCUGGCCCCGUCGCACACACGCGCUGCCGGAGAGAAACCAGGGCCUUUCGCUGAGAGAUCCUCCGCCUUAUUUGUGUCCUUAUGUCAGUCUGUCGUCGGCCCCGUGUGAAGAGCCACGGAGCAAAGUUGGCAACUGGGAUGGGACUUUCCUCAGCACAAGCACAGCUGACAACGGGACAUGA